CUACACGUACUCGACGCCCUGCGGGACGCCCCCUCCUUCCCCGAGCAGCUCGUCGCGCCCGAUCACGCGCACGCACAGCGAGGGCCACAGCGCGUACUGCGAAUGCCCGGUGAGCCGUAUGUGCGUGUCGUGCCGCCGCCCGCUCUCAAGUGCGUCGCAGCCGAUGACUGCGACCGCGAGCGUCGUGUCGCCUGCCGGCUCGCAGGCCACCCUGAGCCCAUUGAGUCUGGGCCUGACGCAGCCUAUGCACGCGCCGAACAGGGUGUACAGUGCUGCUGCGGAUCCGCGUUCCCCAAUCCAUCGUACGGCGUCCGUGCCAGCGAGUGCACCUGUUUUCCACCGGCCGUCUCCUCCUACUUCGAUUUCGAGUACCCUUUUUGGACCAUGAACGCUCGACAUGAAUGAGUGAACGAUGCCGACAACGACGCACUUGAGGCUUUGAAGCCUGAUGGCGUUCGCUAAGAAAUUGCCGUGUAAAACCAUCGCCUGCUGUCAUUACGUAUUUGCUUUGAAAUUGCUGUCGACUUUG